UCUUUCAAGAAUAGAGGCGAUUGUCCAAAAAGCCAAUUCUUUCCCGCAGUCAAUCCCCGGUGGGGUCAACGAGGGUCCCAGCUGUCGAUUGUAAAGCAGUGUUCUGAAUGAGCUGAGCGGCUGACGAAUCAUUUUGGAACUUGGAGUGUCACUAUCCACAUCAUCGAUUACAUUUAUAGCGAAAAAUAUAUACAGCAUCUCUUCUGACGCUCCGUGUGUCGUUUUCACGACAGUCAGAGUAGGCUAGAGCAGACAAUCACCAGAGCAGACAAUCACCAGUUGUUUCUCAUGUUUGGAGAGAGUGUAAGAGAAAUUAAGGGAGAGCAUGGCGAUGGAAGGACUACAAAUCCCGUUCGCUUGCGUGAAAAAUAAUUCGCCCCCUCACAGUAGCCUAUUCCCCCACACCAUCCACAAUCUCAUUCACUGAGUGGCAGCGUCGGAGACAACAGCCUACUUCCGUCUCUCAGUCCUGCGCGAGGAUCUGAGCCUCAAUACGGAUUCUGCUCAGCUGUUUGAGACAGAAACAAGAUUCCCUACGAGGACUUCAUGCGGUGACAACUAAACAAAGAGCUAUCAAAUCACCACUGACCACAACCCGAAAAACAGGACCGAUAAAAAACUAUACAAAGGACCUAUUAUCGUCUCUAAAUCCAAACAUCUCAGAUAGUUUACAUAGUUCCCUUAGUGUUUUGCUUGCGCGUUACGUGUCAACAUAAUUACUUCAUAGAAUGUCAACAUAAUUACUUCAUAGAAAUAACGGUCGGUCUGGCUCGCUGGAAUCACACAGUUGAAAGAGGUAAUGUUUUUCUAUCCAACCCAGAAAGCGCUGUCUGUAUUGGUUAGUUGUUUGUAAGAUAUUUUUUAUUUUAGCCCAAAUGAGGAGCAUGCAUAGUCUGUUUGUAAUAAAAGUGAAGCAGCAUUGCUCUGCUAAGUGCAAACAGCAAUGCAGCUGAAUCAUGUCCAUAGCUAGAGAGUCCCACCACCACCAACACAUGUCUACUGUCAGGGCAGUGUACUUUCUACUGCUGUCUGCCCUGCAGUAGCAGUAGUCUCACUAAUACUGUGUGCUCAUGUGGCUCUAGCUAUCCACUCUUGAGACACUGGCCCCCAGGAAGAGUAGUUGCUGCCCGAGCAACAGCUAAUGAGGAUCCUAAUAAGCUAAACUGAGAUAUAGUGAUACUGAAGCCUUCGUUAUCUUCAGCAGCCCAACAAACACAAUGACAUCAUCGGACAACGACGAGACGGGCUCCAACCUAUCAGAGUCCCUGGAGGUCCGUGAGGUCCUACAGUUCCAGAACCAGUAUCAGCACAUGACACAUGACACAGGAAGCUGCUUCAAGUCCAAGAGCCUCCCCAUCCUGAAUGGGCCCUGUCUGUCAGGCUGUGAUGAGCCUCUGCUGGGGGAACCACGUCUGGUCCAUACCAUCCAAACCUCCAUGGCCACAGCAGCCACCGACCACCACAGCAGCCAGCUCCAGCCCCAAACCCCCACUGACCCUGACUCUAGCCGGGCCGAGUCCCCCUCCUCUCGGACAGACUUCGAGCUCCAGUCCCCCUCGGCCUCCAGCCUGGUGGGGCUGAGCAGCUUCAUGGCCACUGGGCCCAGGGAUAAGAAACUAGGCUUCUCUUUAACCCGCUUCCUCCGUAUCCCCGCCAGGAAGUAUGUGCGAGCAAUCCUGGCUGACUCGCGCUGCUUCCUGUUCUGCAUGUGCUACCUGACAUUCAUCCAGUCUCUGAUGGUGUCGGGCUACCUGAGUAGCGUCAUCACCACCAUCGAGAAGCGCUACAGCCUCCGCAGCUCCGAGUCCGGCCUUCUUGUCAGCUGCUUUGACAUCGGCUCUCUCUUCGUGGUCGUCUUCAUCUCCUACUUUGGGGGCAGGGGUCAGAGGCCGCGUUGGCUGGCGGUAGGAGGGGUGUUCAUAGCUGUAGGGGCGGCUCUGUUCUCCUUGCCACACUUCAUCUCACCACCCUACCAGAUCCAGGAGCUCAACUCGUCCACGGGCCACGAGGGUCUGUGCCAGAGCGGGAACGGCAGUGGGCGGGAUGCCUUGGACGUGGCGUCGUGCCCCCGAGACCAGGAGGGUAACGAACACAACCUGUACGUGGCGCUGUUUAUCUGUGCCCAGAUCCUGGUGGGUAUGGGGUCGACGCCAAUCUAUACCCUGGGACCCACCUACCUGGACGACAACGUCAAGAAGGAGAAUGCCUCCCUCUACCUCGUCUAG